CACUAUAUGGAGAAGAUUGUGUGUGUUCCGCGUUUGUGCAAUGUUUUGUGCCGCUGACUGUUUUGUGUCUUGCUAUGGAAUGCUGGUUGAUAAGGCUGCAUGCCAUGUUGUUCAAAAGUCAGGGUACAGCGGCAAAAGGCGACGGAUUCGAUCAGUGGAAGACAUCGCAAAUGCCUUCACAUCAGGUGAAGGGCCUCCAAGAGCCAUUCGGCUAACUAGCCCUAGAUCCUUGCUUGCUUGCCUUCAGACAGGGAUUGACCCCUCUGAACUGCAGUACAGGCCGUUUGAAGAGUUUGCGGAACAAAGUUAUACCAGGGAAUUGCAGCAGGUCAAGUACGAAUACUAUGAGAAGAAACGUAAAGGUGUGAUGGCGCCACUUCCUUGCUCCGUGGCUCCAAAUUAUUAAGUGCUUUCUUGAUCUUGUGUCUGGUGUUCGAUUAGCUAUAGCCAAAUCAAGGUGAGGCACUGAC